UGUUCUCCUUAAACCCCUUAAAUUUCUCUUGGUCUCUAUGUCACUUUGAUCAGGCUGACUUUAUUUUACAUGGAAAAUCUUUUCCUCAUACUUCUCGUCCUUACUAGUACAUUAUGCGUUUCAGUUUCUCCAUACAAUAUUCCGGCAAUCUUCAGCUUUGGAGAUUCCAUCUUUGAUGCCGGGAACAACCACUUCAUCAAAAAUUGCACCGCCCAGGCAGAUUUCCCUCCUUACAGCUCAAGUUUCUUCCACCACCCCACUGGAAGGUUCACUAAUGGCAGAACAGUUGUUGACUUCAUUUCCCAGUUUAUCGGUAUUGAUUUCCAGAUACCAUACCUCGAGGCAAAGAUUGCGGUUAUGAAGGGAAGUAGAAAGAGUUAUCCACACAAUGGAAUAAACUUUGCUAGCGCUGGAAGUGGUGUUUUGCGGGGAACAAACAAGGAAGAGAGGGUCAUCCCAAUGCAAGACCAGCUACAACAAUUCCGAACAUUGGUGGAGCAAAAAUUGAUUGAUAAAAGUUUGGUCCAAAAGUCUUUCUUCUUCUUCGAGGCUGGUUCCAAUGACAUAUUCAACUACUUCGUCCCUUCUAACCCACCAAAGCCUGAUCCACAUGCCUAUGUUCAAGCCAUGCUUGUUGAAGUAGAAACUUUUGUUGUUCAGAUUUACAAGCUUGGUGCUCGUAAGAUUGCUUUGUUUUCAUUAGGUCCCGUUGGCUGUGUUCCAGCUAGGGCCCUCUUGCCUGGUGCACCGAAUAAUAGAUGUUAUGGAAAGAUGAAUGUGAUGGUCAAAGAAUACAACCGUGGAUUGGAAAGUUUGGUCGAACAUAUGCACAUUAAGUACCCCCAUGCAAUUGGGGUUUAUGGGGCAAUUUACAACAUUGUUCAGAAAUUUCGUGCAAAUCCUACCCACUAUCGUUUCUCUGACGUAGGUAAUGCAUGUUGUGGUGAUGGAACUCUUGGAGGAAUGCUGCAAUGUGGCAAGAAAGGCUACAAGAUUUGUUCAAACCCAAAUUCGUUCUUGUUCUGGGAUUUUUUCCAUCCAUCAGAACAUGCUUACAAGCUCGUCUCAAAGGCUUUAUGGGGUGGAAGAAAAUCUCGAAUCAGGCCAUUUAAUUUGAAAACUCUAGCCAAUAUCACCCUUCAAUCCGAUUUAGACUGA